ACAAGCACAACCCUCUUCUGUGUUAAUGAACGUGGCGGCGUUUCCCCACCUGAGUUUGGUGGCCUGCCCCGGCAGGGUCAGUGCUGCUGCCAACAAGCCCGCCGGCUGAAGAGGGCCAUGGACACCAUGAUUGGAAUCUUCCAGUGCUUCUCCUGCCAAGAAGGGGACCAAUUCCAGGUCAACAAGGGGAUGAAGAUGCUUCCGCAGAGAGAGCUCAGGGACACAUUUUCUUUUUCCUUUUUGUGCCAAAAGGACCCUCAGUUGAUUGAUAAGCUAAUGCAACACCUGGACUCCAAUAAGGACAACAGAGUGGAUUUUAAUGAAUUUGUGGUCAGGGUGGGUGCCCUGACAGUUGCUUGUAAUGAUUACUUUGUAGAACAAUCGAAGAAGAAAGGAAAGUAGAGAUAAGUAGCAAGCUAAU